UCGAGUUGGAACAGGACUAUGAGCGGAUCCUGUUAUUAAAGGGAUUAUUGAGAGGCACCAAAUGGAGGUCAAUACACUCAGGGAGUUACGACUGAAAGAUGCGGGGGGGCGAAUUGAAGCCGAGAAGGAGGUGGAGCGACUUAAGGAGGCUAUGGCCAGACUUGACAUGGAGAAGAGGAAGAACUGUACUAAUCUCAAGAGUCGUUUGGAUGAGGCAGCCGGACCAUCUGCUCACAAACCUCCCUGUUCAUCCUCUAAAAAGAAGGGCAACUCAACACCAGGCAUUGAGAUGAAUGAUCGUGAGGCUUUUGUUCAACAGGAAAGGAAGAAUUUACGUAAGAAGAAUAAGGAGGAGAUUCAACGUAUCUGCCGAGAAGAGGAUGUGGCUUAUACCACGCUGGAACCAACCAAAGAGGAGAUCAUCUAUCGCCGAGUGCAAUGGAUGUUUGGGAUUGAUGGACCGGACAAGGAGAAAGGUAAGGAAGACUCCGUGGUUGAAGUUAUGGCGGGGGCAACAGAGGAACAUGAAAUGGAGGAUGGUGACGACUCCGCUGCUUCUUAGCUACUUUCCCGGACGUAACUCACCUUUGGACCUUGAUUCGUGGAUUGACUAGACUUC